UGUGCUCACGUGCUUGCUCUCUUCUGACAAAUAAAAUCCUAAAAAAUAAAAAAUAAAAAUAAAAAAUUUAAAAAUAAAAACAACAUGUUUCAACAUGCCCUAGACUGUUAAAAUAAAACAGGCUGGAAAGCAUGCAGAACUGUAAAACCUACUCACAGAGAUACUCAGUUCUUUCAUGUAAUACAUCAAAUACUUAUUCAGAAGUUAGGAUGUGCUACUCUGGGCUCCAAGAUACAGUGGUAGAGAUGACAAAAAGGGCUCUUACUUUCCUGAAGCUUACAUUCAAAUAAAGGCAGUAGAAAAACAAACAACUAAGUAACCUGCUUAAAGAUAGAGAUGCUCUACUACAAAGAAAUCUAAAGAACUGGUAGAGGGGUGGUAUGAAAAAUGAGAAAAGUGAACACAAUAGUUAAAUAAAGGAACCUAAAAUUUGUGCAAUAUUAAGACAGCACUAUUUGAACUGAAAAGCCCAAAACAGGCAAGAUUCUGUUUAAGUAUAAACUUGACUUUUAAUCUAGCUUCUAUACAUGAGUCUUAGAAACUUGCUUACCACAAUUUUUUUUGAAUACUGCUAAUAUAAAAAUAUGUACUAGACUGUUUCUUGAACUCAUCACAUGAAGACUUACAGAGGGCAACAACUAACAAAAAUGAUGUAAUUCCAGUCGAAUCGAAGCCACCAGGCACUAGUCUUUAAAUGCAGAGUAUUGAUCUCAAUCUAAAAAGCCUCAUGUGGUUUGGGUUCUGGUUACCUUAGAGAUUUUUGACUCUAAGCACUCUGAUGGCAAGUAAGAUUAGUUUGAAUACUUGUCCUGUGGUUCACUAAUGAAAUCUGAUAAACUGGAAUCCUUUAAUUUUACGUGGCCCUUUCAGAUCCUGGAUUUCCUGGCACUGAGGGGUUUCCUGCAGCAGCUAGACUCGCAGUGCUAGGCUGGGAAAGGCCUGGGCAAAGCAGCCAGCUGGUUAUCCUAUCUUCAGACCACAUUUUAGAAAUUAAUGUUUAGACAGACAACUUUUUCGAAUGAGGACACUCCUGCCACUCCACAGAUCUUUACUAUGGAUAAACUAACAAAAAUGGGAAUCUCCCCUUGCCAAUGAUCAAUCAUUUUCAUAAAGAAAAACAAGUCAAUAUCAUAGACACAGUUAUAAGGGGAAAUAGUUUUUCCCUAUAAAUUUCAUCACUGAUUUCACUUUUUUUUUAAGAUUUUAUUUAUUUAUUUGAGAGAGAGAAUGAGAGAUAGCACGAGAGGGAAGAGGGUCAGGGGGAGAAGCAGACUCCCCGCCGAGCAGGGAGCCCGAUGCGGGACUCGAUCCCGGGACUCCAGGAUCAUGACCUGAGCCGAAGGCAGUCGCCCAACCAACCGAGCCACCCAGGUGCCCUGAUUUCACUUUCAAACAUAAAAAUCCCAAGUCAAUUCUAUAAGCCAAUUUAAAAAAAAAAAAAUUCUUUCAAUUAUCAGUGACUAUCUCAAAAAUAUAUUAAUAAUCUUAUGUACUGAGGUAUUGUGCUAAGCCCCCUUACACACACUUUAUUUUAUAUACACACAAACCUAUGAGAUAAAUAUAUUUAUAUAAUAUGUAUUUUAUAUAUAUGUAAAAUAAUAUAUAUGAUCAUGUCCUUCCCCCACUGGACUGUGAGCAUCUUAAGAACAGAUAUUAAGUAAAACGAAAAACUGAGGCUCAGAAGUGAAGUACAUGCCCAAAGCCAAACAACUUAAGGUACAGAGAACAUGAUUCCAACCUAGAUUUGACUCCAACGCCUAUAUUCUUCACCAAUGUAAAUAUCCUAUACUCUCUCCCCGCCCCGUUCAUAAGUACCAACCACUCUGCCUCUUCCAAUGAUGCCAGAAAGCUAUUGUUUAUUCAUUCUAUUCCUAACUCAAUACAGUAACCUAACGUGAAAAUGUCAGAUGAGUAAAACAUGAUUCUAGAGCAGCACGGCCCAACAGAACCUUCUGCAAUGAUAGUAAUAUUCUAUAUCUGUGCUGUCCAAUAUGGUAGCCUACACUAACAUGUGGCUAGUGUGACAUUAAUUUGCAUAGCCACAUGUGGCUAGUAGCUACUGAAUUGGACAGCACACUCCUACACUAAUAAUAUAAAAAGAAUGUGCAUGCCAUAGAAAAAAGCAACUUACCACAAUACAAUGGCAACUCAACAAUAAAACAAUUCAAGGUAGAUGUAUAAUGAAGGAGUAAAGCUGAGAAAUGCAGAACCACUUGGGGUGCCAGGGUGGCUCAGUCGGGUAAGCACCGACUCUUGAUUUCAGCUCAGGUCAUGAUCUCAGGAUCAUGAGACUGAGCCCCACAUCGGGCUCUGCGCUCAGCCCAGAGUCCGCUUGUGCCUCUCCCUCUGCUCCUCCCUGUGUUCGCUCUUGCUCUAAUAAAAUCUUAAAAAAAAAAAUGAAAUGCACACCACCAAACAUGUCACAAAACUAUUUUUCAAACAUCUAUUCACCCUUCAAGAUUCAGUUUAAAUACUAACUUCAUUUAUACUACCACUACACUUCAAAUAUGUGUACUGUAGAACUGUAUAUUAAACACAUGACUGUGUCCUCCCCCACUGGACUAUUAAGCAUCUUAAGAACAAAUAUUAACAUAUACAGCACCAGCACCUCCCUCCAGAGGCUUUCCACAACAAUAAACAUGUUUUUCAUUCAGUUCUAGUGGGGAAAAUUAUCUUAUGUCCUUCAACUACAAAUUCAAUUCUGCAAGCAUCUGAGUGAGUACGAGCAAUAUCUAGAAAAGGGAAGUCCCUAUAAAGCAUUUACGGGGGCGGGGGGGGAUACAAGAUCCAGGUAGACAACAAGAGGAAUCAGGUAAGUAUGUGCUUUAGGGCAGACCAGCAACUGUGAGGAGUCCUGACGGUAAGAGAAACUGGAAAGCAGUUUAAGAACAAAGCCACCAUUAUCCAACUCUACAAUAGCAAAAGGUGUAAGAUAAUUUACUGUAUCCCCAAUCUAUUACUCAGGAAAGUCUACUGGAUUUAAAAGAAAAAAAUCAAGGAAAGCUUUCAAAAUUUAUCCUGGCUCCAAACUACCCAUAUCAGGGUCCCAUCCAAAUUCUUACACCACAAAGCCAAAACUAGUCUUAAAACAAAUCUUACUAGAUCCAAAGUUUCCAUGACAAUCUCACAGCAGAAAGUGGUAUUGUUUUCUUUCAUAUAGAGAUCCUGAUUAUCUUUGUUAUAACAUCUUUUUAGGUCCUAAAAAUGUGCUAUUUGGAAUAGUUACACAGUACAAUCUCGAGGUCUGUAUAUGUGCAGCAUCUGGAGCUAACAGUAAGUAGUCUGAAUUAAUUUCCUAAGUACAUUCUGUUUCCUCUAAGAAUCAACAGGGAGCGGGUGCUGGUAUGAGAAGUCUGCAAAUUCAUAGACAUCAAGGCAUUAUCUGUAGGCCAAAUAAGUUGAAAGUAUUACUAUCAUGUAGAAGUUUGCAAACCAGGAGAGGCUGGGAAACAACAGUUCUAUAACUUCUUCAGAUUUUUAAAAAUCACCAAGUUUUCUCAUCUUAAUCGGUACACAGAUUUUUCAUGACAAAAAUCAGAGAAAAAUCUGUUUAGUUUUCCUAGACUGAACGGCCAUGGGCUGGUUCAUUACUUAACUUCUUUGAGCCUCCCUUCUCAAAUUUAAGAUUGAGGGUGUGAGACUAGAUGCCCUCAGAGGAAAAUACUGACUUAAUUAACUAAGAUAAUUACUUACAGAUUGACUUCAACAAGGCUUCUGGUUCAAUCCUAAUUCACCCAUAAACAGGAAAAAUAGAGAACUGUCGUAGUUAUUAAAUUAUGUCAUAAAUUCUUUGAUACUCCACCCUUCAAGACACGGAGCUUAAUUCCUAUGCCCUUGGCUAUAGGCUGGACUUAAGUGACUUUCUUUUAACUAAUAGCAUGUGGCAGUGGUGUGGCUUCCUCCUUGUUCUAGCUUCGAUUACUUGCCCUGAAGGAAACAAACUACCACCAUGUUGUGAGGACACUCAAGCAGUCCAUUGGAGAACUGAGACCAGCCAACUGCCAGCAUUAACUUGCUAGAGUAUGAGCGACCUGGGAAGCAAAUCCUCGAGCCCAGUCAACAUCUUGACUGUAACCCUCAUGAAAGACCCUGACCCAGAACCACCAAGCUAACCUAGUCCAGAUUCCUGACCCACAGAAACUGUAUGAGAUAGGCAAAUGUCUAUUAUCUGAAGCCAUGAAGUUUUGGGGUAAUUUGUAAUAGCAAGAAAACUAAUCUACCAGUGUUUUUCAAAAAGUGGACCUUGAUUCAUCUGUAACUGAUGAAAUGAAUUUAAACCACCACCAUCAGGUUACAAGUACUAUUUCCUGAAAACUGUUUAAAUUUUACAUAUAUGUGUAUUCCAGGUAGCAUUUAAUAAAAUAUGUAUCUUAGAAUUAUAACUAAAACGGUAUGAAACCCAAAAGCCAACGCUAACAGGAUUAAAACGAAAACUUCCCUAAAGCAUAGGGAAUCCUUGCAGGAAUAUGGACUCAGUAACAACCAACUAUAAAAUAAGCAUUUCCUAUAAACUUUAUAACCAAACCAAUGAGAUAUAAGACACUCUCAAAAUACAUCUUUUCUGACUUAUAUUUUAAACUUCACACAAAACACAGAGGGCGUGGUAGACUUAAACAUGUAAAAACAUGUCAUUUUCCUAAUUCAAGAGGCUACCCAGGAGGACAUCCUUAUAAAAUUAUGCGGUGAAAAAGCUGCUCUGGGAUCUACCCACAUCUAUUAUUUCCUCUAUUACUUUUAUUAUCAGUGUUAAAGGAACUUCCACCUUCCACCUCAGCACACAUGCACAACAAAUUUUUGCCAAAAAGGAAAAAAAAAAAAAAGCUAAGUACACUACUAUUAAAUUGCUUUCUGCCCGCUGUCCAUUUCUCACUGGAAUUAUCCUCUUUAGAAUACAAGCAAAUGCAUACUUUUCUAAUUGUAUUUCAGCAUAACAUGCAUCAAAACUUUCAGCAGCACAUGACUAGAAUAUUUAUGCAUAAUUCAACUUUUGAUGAAUCCACUUAGAUUAUUUGCUUACACUGUGAUUUUCUUUGAAGUAAAUGUGUGAAACAAAUUUACCAAAUUUAUUUUCCAAAUACCAAAAUAAAUCAGUACAUAAGCACUAAACAGAUGAUUUAACUUCUUAUUUUUCUUGUUACUGAACUCAGGGCAUUUGUGCCUCUCCCACAACCAGACUGACAGCUUUCCUUGUCCCAAUCCUGAGAUACACUACUAGUUCUUCUUUGCAAUGACUAUUUUCUCCCCAACCUUUGCAUAUGUAUCCACCUAAAUAUUUCCACUUCAGCAAAUUGUAGGAAGCAGAUAUAACUUGUACAGAAUUCCUUAUAAUGCUAUUACUUUAUGAUGGUGACUAAAAAUCAAAAUAAUUAGCAUACUUGGCAAAAUUCAAGUACGCAUGCCUAUGCCUUGAGAAAACUGGCAGCAAAGCAGCCCAGUUCUAAAGUCGAGAGCCGCAGUUCCUGAAGAGAAGACUAGGAUGCUCCUGACAGCACUUUCUCUAGGAAUGAGAUCCAGAGUUUCAGGAAUAACCCUGGUUUUUUUCUGUACCACUAUAUGAGAGUAUAGAACUGGGAAACUAUUCACUGGUCUUAAGAAUAAGCAGUUACUUUGAGACUCAAGGCCAAUACUCUAGACACAGUGGCUAAAACUAAUCCAAAACUUUAGCAUCGGUUUUGCCCACUUUUUCCUUUAGUUUCCCUCAAGUCAGGUCAGUCUCCAUAUAAGCACUCCAUCACACCAUAAACUUGAAAGUUCAGUCAAGGUCUAAAAGAAUUAAGAAGGCAAAUAUCUCUGACGGUCUACCAAUGAGAAUAAUCACUUUAGUUUCCUAAUAAGACAGACUUCAACUGCAGAGCCACUCCAAGGAACCUGGCAUGCCAGCCUGAAGGCCAACUUUGAUGUGUUAGUGAUAGUGCACUAGGAAAUACUUGUAUCAGGGUCAGAAUUUAGUUUUGCAGGCAGACAUUUAACCACUCAAGUCAUUUAUCUAGCUGAUCAAAGAGUAAGAAAGUUCAAGGCAGGUAUGUAUGAAAUCUAUUAUUCACUUUUGGACCACUAAAGUUACACAGCUGCUUAUUUUGUCUUCAAAGAAGGACUUAGUCAUCAGGAGCCCUGGGUAUAACUGGAUUACUAAAUCAAACUCACAUUUUUAGGAGGGGGGCACUUAUGUAUGUUAAAUUGUCUUAAGUUACUAAUCUUGCUUUAAAUAUUUUGGGAAACAUGUGCCAGAGCUCUGUGCUAAAGUCUGGCCCUGUAAACCAAAAUGAGUUCAACAUCAAAUUAACUGAAUUGCAUACUUUAAAACCAAAGAGAAUCCUGGGAACCAGUGCUACCUCCAUUUCCUUAAUAAGCCAUACUCUAUUUAAGUCUCCAAAAUCCUAGGUAUGUAAAAUACAGAAAUCAUUAAAUCGUCCUCAAAAAAUUAAGUUGUAUUUCCAAAGACAAAUAAAAUUCUAGCAAAAUGGAAACACAAAAAUAAACCUCAAAAUGUUAAUAAUGACCACCAGACAAUCUAAGUCCCCUGCCUGCCAUGUACCCUGUUUCAGGACCUCCAAAUUUAACAGAAUGGCCAACUCUAAAUCCACUCUAACAGUACCACAGAGACCAAAACUUAACAGGCAAGUAAACUGUUCUUAAGUAACAAACAUGCUUUGCCAACUUUUUUUUUUUGUUUGGACCAACGAGCUAUAAACUAAGACAUAAUUACCGAAAUAAGCAUCAAACUCCAUCCUAACAAACGUCUGACAUCACACUCAGCUGGUCUGUAAGGCAGCACUUGUACCUCUUUACACACAGCACAAACUGACAUGCCGACUUCGGUACGACUUUUCAAUUCCACUGGUGACAGAAAAUUAUAUUAGUGAUUUACAAGUUUCUCCCUAGCUCUCCAGUCCACUCAUUUCAAGUCAGGAUGAAAACUCGUGACACACGGGAAAUAAAGGGACAAAGGUAAUGGCCAAGAGAUGUCAAGCAGAAGCUUGCAGUAGGAUCCGAGCAGUUCUGCAUCCCUUCCCGGAGCAUCUCCAGGAUUGUCCUACCUAAACACUUUAUGUAAACAUGGGGCUUGUGACUCAAGCCUCCAGCCCCAAUAGGUGGAGAGAAGUUUCCUCGCCUCGGCUGCACAUGGUUUGCAGAAGUUUGGCUGGAGCAGAGCGGAGCCUGGGUGGGAGCGGCAGUGUAGUUAGUGCUGCAGGCGGCGGCGGCGGCGGCGGCAGAGCAGCAGGAGGCGGAGGCGGGCGGGGGGAGGGGAGGCGGCUGGGGGGGCGGAGGGGGCUCUUGCCGCCACUGCUCUCUCGCCGCCUCUCCCCCCCGGCGGGAGCCGCUCUCAGCCUCUUUGCACUAGUCGCUCCGCUCUCUCGGUCAUGUGACCUUAACGUAACCGGACAGGAAAAGCCCCGCCGCCGCCGCCGCCGCCGCGCCGGAGACACCGACCGCGGCGGCAGCAGCAGCAGCAGCAGCGAGAGGCAGAGGCGGCGGCGGCGGCGGCGGGGAGAGCACGGCCAAGGCUGCCCAGUGGUGCCUCCUCCACACCCCCCGCCGCAGCAGCACCGGCGACAGAUUUUUAAAAAAAUGGAUUUGGCCAACCAUGGACUUAUUCUCCUGCAACAGUUAAACGCUCAGCGAGAGUUUGGUUUCCUGUGUGACUGCACGGUUGCCAUCGGCGAUGUGUACUUCAAGGCACACAAAUCAGUUCUUGCUUCAUUCUCCAAUUACUUUAAGAUGUUGUUUGUCCAUCAGACCAGUGAGUGUGUCCGUUUGAAACCAACUGACAUACAGCCAGAUAUUUUCAGCUAUCUCUUACAUUUGAUGUACACUGGCAAGAUGGCACCUCAACUGAUUGAUCCUGUUAGAUUAGAACAGGGGAUCAAGUUUCUGCACGCCUACCCACUGAUCCAGGAAGCCAGCCUGGCCAGCCAAGGAGCCUUUUCUCAUCCCGACCAAGUCUUCCCCCUGGCCUCUUCCCUGUAUGGCAUUCAGAUUGCAGAUCACCAGUUGAGACAAGCCACCAAGCUUGCCUCCGCCCCUGAGAAGCUCGGGCGGGAACCCCGGCCACAGCCGCCCAGGAUGAGCCAGGAGCAGGUGCCUGAGGCCUCCCAGCUCUCGCAGCUGACUUCAAACCUGGCCCAGGUGACUCGGACGCACCUGACUCCCUCAGACCCCCUGCAGACCUCGCUGUCUCCAGAACUCGUUUCCACUCCUGUGCCCCCCACUCCCGCUGGGGAGGAGGCCAAUCUGGAAGCCUCUUCCUCGGACGAGCAGCCAGCACCCCUCACCAUAGCCCACGUCAAGCCGAGCAUCAUGAAGAGGAACGGGAGCUUCCCGAAGUACUACGCCUGCCACCUGUGCGGCCGGCGCUUCACGCUGCGGAGCAGUUUGCGGGAACACCUCCAGAUCCACACGGGGGUCCCGUUCACGGCCGGCCAGCCAGGAGAAAGCCGGGCGCCCCUCUCUCUUUGUAGCAACGCGGCCGACCUGGGGAAGGACGCCAUGGAGGUGCCCGAGGCCGGGAUGGUCAGUGACAGUGAGCUGCCGCACAUCUCCGACUCCCCCAUCAUCGACGGGCAGCAGCACUCGGAGACGCCGCCGCCCUCCGACAUCGCGGACAUCGACAACCUGGAGCAGGCCGACCAAGAGCGCGAGGUCAAGCGGCGCAAGUACGAGUGCACCAUCUGCGGCCGCAAGUUCAUCCAGAAGAGCCACUGGCGGGAGCACAUGUACAUACACACCGGCAAGCCCUUCAAAUGCAGCACGUGUGACAAGAGCUUUUGCAGGGCCAACCAGGCGGCCCGGCAUGUGUGCCUCAAUCAGAGCAUCGACACCUACACCAUGGUGGACAAACAGACCCUGGAGCUCUGCACGUUUGAGGAAGGCAGUCAGAUGGACAACAUGUUGGUCCAGACCAACAAACCCUACAAAUGCAACUUGUGUGACAAAACGUUCUCGACUCCCAAUGAGGUGGUUAAACAUUCGUGCCAAAACCAGAACUCGGACGUUUUUGCCCUGGACGAGGGGCGGUCCAUUCUCCUGGGCAGUGGGGACUCUGAAGUCACGGAACCUGACCACCCGGUGUUAGCUUCCAUCAAAAAGGAACAGGAAACAGUGUUGUUAGACUGAAUGUGACCUACCUUUUUAAAAACUGUCAUUUUUACAGAGACUAUCUCCUCUCUCUUUCUCUGCCCUCCCCCCCCCGACCCCCCAAUUCAGAACUGUAGUUCUCCAUGGCAUGAUACAAACAGGUCCCCGGCCCCUCUGUCCUUCCCACCCCCUCCCUGUCCCCAGCCCUUCCUCCGCAAAGGCUUUGUGCAUUAUAAACCUGGAACAUACUUACUUCGAGUCAGGGGAUAUUGGAGAGAUAAUGGUCAGUAGUACUUAUAAACUCAAAUAGAUUUUGAGACGUUUUAGAUUAUUUAAAAGCCUACUUGGAACUAAUGAAGGGUAUAUAACAAAACAAAACAACUAGAAUGCAAUUUGGUAAGCGAAAAUUAUGACUUUCCCUGGGUAAUAAGUCUUCCUUCUCAGAAAAUGGCAGAAAAUACAGCAUGCUUCUUAAAGAUACCGCUGGGCUCUGUACUAUGCAAAAUCUAGAAGGUGUGGGGAAACUUGAAACCCAAGCAAAUGUUCUUAGUAUUUAUCCUCCAGGUCUUAUUUCAGAAUGCAUCCUUUGAGAUUAUGUCCAGUCAAGAAAAAUCAUUCGCUAAGAAAUCUACUUGAACAAAACACAAAAGAGAAAAAGUAAUAAUGUGAUGGCAAUCUUAAUUUUUGGAUAAAACAUGACAAAGCUGUGAGUUUGUGUGUUUGUAAGAAAACGUGUGGAUAUUUGCGAUAAACAGGUGUAUUAACGCACAUGCCUUAUCAAAUUGCUGGCUUCUUUCAAAGUUGAACAAGAACAAAAUUCUCUGUUUUAGUUUCUGAUAAAUCUGUUGGUUGUUUUUAAAAUCAGAUUUGAAAGUACUAUUCUAUAGAUUGUCUUUCUGAAUAGAAAACGACAUGCCAUUCCAGCAGCUGCCAGUGUUAAAUUUGUUUUAGCACCGACUGGCUGCUUUAAAUCAGUGUAUGUAUGCAGGAAAGUGCAUCUCAGAGGGGAGGUUGUGAGCAGAGCAUGUAGUAACUUUAAUGACUUUAAAUGUUAAUGCUGAUAGUUUACUGGCAAGAUUCAUUGAAGCAUCCAAAAUGGCAGAGAAAAAUCAGGACAAAAAAACCUAACUGCUGUUUGGGGAAAAAACUUGAUUUUGAUGUUUCAUCUCCACCUUUUUUUUUUUUUCCUUUUUCUUUAAACACCUGAAAUUUUCCUCCAUUGGCCUGAAAGCAGUAAAACGCAUCCAUUAAUCUUUCCUUAGGCCAGUAACAGAAUGGUCUGACAGGACAAAACAGGAGCCAGAAAUAAGGACCGAAGGGAAAAGGGAAGCUAGCUGUGCUGUAUGUAUAUGUUUAAAACUGAAUAUCCCGUCAUCCUGUUUCAUGUAUAGUUGAGUUCUCAGAUUUGUAAGUUUUUAUACAUACUUUCAUUGAAUAAACAUUUAAUUA